AUGGGUGCCCCCGGCCCGCCUCCUAGGGGCGUCGCUCCCUCCUCCGCCGGCGCAAUUAUCGCGCGGAGAAAAACUCGCCUGCGGAGCAAGACGAGCGCGGAGCGAGCGAGAGGGGGGAACAAGAAAGAAGUAAUAAAAAAAGCGGUCGUGUGUGCGUGGUCGGUGUGGUGGCGUAGGGCGGAUGUAGGCCCCUCCCUGCGGCCGGUCGCCGCCUGCCGCCGCCUCAGUCGAGUCGACAACGCGCGGCGCCUCACUGGUCCGCUCACGAUACAGCUGCGCGCG